AUGAAUUCAGGUUUAGAAGAUGCGGAUUUAAUUUUACCUUCUGAUAAAUACGUGUCAAGUAAAAUGGAUUCACCUGUUAAAAUAAGAGAGGGUAUAGAUAGAAUAUCAAGCACAUCACCAUUAUCGGUUCCAACAUUAUUAAGAAAAGCAUCAAGUGUGGCACCUAAACAUCCAGCUUUGGCAUUUAAAAGACAUCCAAAAGAAAGAAGUUUUUGUUUUAUUAGUUUCGAGGAAUAUUAUCGUCUUGCAAAAGUGGCGGCAAAAGGAUUUUUAAAAUUAGGUUUAGAAAGGCAUCAUUCCGUUGCCCUUAUAGGAUUUAAUGCACCCGAAUGGGUUAUUGCUUAUUUGGGAAGCAUUCUUGCCGGAGGAGUAGGUUGUGGUAUAUAUUCGACCAAUUCCGCUGAAGCAACCCUUUACUGUUUACAAGCGGCAUCCGUUGAUAUUGCUGUCGUCGACAACAAUAUUCAAGCUCAAAAAAUUUUACAAUAUAAACACAGAUUACCAAAUUUAAAAGCAAUAAUACAAUAUUUUGGAAGACCCUUAGUACAAAACGUUUUAAGCUGGAGAGAAUUUAUUAAAAUCGGUGAAGCACAAUCAAGUGAAAAAUUACAUGAAGUUCGCAAAACAAUUGCAGUAAACGAAUGUUGCACAAUUAUAUUUACGUCAGGUACAACCGGAAAUCCGAAAGGAGUCAUGUUAAGCCAUGAUAAUUUAAUAUGGAAUGCAUAUUCAGUAGCCAUUAAUCAAGACUUAAUAUCAACGGAAAAAAUAAUAAGUUAUUUGCCUUUAAGUCACGUGGCUGCUUUAAUGGUAGACGUUUAUUGUCCUUUGAUGGUAAGAGCAACCGUGUAUUUUGCCGAAACGGAUGCACUCAAGGGUGGUUUAGUAAGAACCUUAUUAGAAGUUCGACCUACAAGGUUUUUAGGCGUACCUAGAGUAUGGGAAAAGGUAUCGGAUAAAAUAAAACUUGCCGGAGCAGAAUCAAAUUUUAUAAAAAGGCGAAUCGUGGCUUGGGCUAAAAAUCAAGGAAUACAAAGAAAUUUAGAUCUUAUAAAUGGGAUAGAUAGUCCGAAUUUAAAAUAUUUAUUGGCAAAAUCAUUAAUAUUUAAAAAAAUUAAAAGUAGAUUAGGUUUUGAUGCUUGUACAACAUUUUGGUCUGGUGCCGCACCCCUAUCCGAAGGAGUUAAAUUAUAUUUAACCAGUUUAGAUAUAGUCAUCUUGGAGGUUUACGGUAUGUCGGAAAGUAGUGGACCUCACACGGUUAACACAAACGUUGCUUUUAAACUUGAUAGCGUCGGUAAAACACUACCGGGUACAAUGACAAAAAUUUACAAUCCGGACAGUAAUGGAGAAGGAGAAAUAUUAUUAAACGGAAGAAAUAUUUUCAUGGGUUAUUUAAACGAUUUAAAACAAACGGAAGAAGUUGUCGAUCCCGAUGGUUGGCUACACACGGGCGACAUUGGUAAAUUCGACGAUCAAGGAUUCCUAUACAUAACCGGAAGGAAAAAAGAAUUAUUGAUAACGGCCGGUGGAGAAAAUAUAUAUCCUGCAGUAAUCGAACAAAAUGUAAAAGCUCAACUUCCGUUUUUGGGUCACGUCGUACUUAUAUGCGAUAAAAAAAAAUUUUUAUCUAUAUUAAUAACAUUUUCGAGCGAAGAAGAUGUAGAUACUGGAGAACCACUGGAUCAACUUUCAGAACUUACAAUUAAAUGGCUUAAAGACUUAAAUCUUACAUAUACAAAAAAUUCAGAAAUUCUUACAUCAGGACCACAUUCAAAGAUUUUAGAAUCGAUACAAAGAGGAAUCGAUGAGGCAAAUAAAAAAGCAAUUUCAAAUGCUCAAAAAAUACAAAAAUUUAGAAUAUUACCAAGAGAUUUUUCAACUAUAACUGGAGAAUUAGGUCCCACGUUAAAACUCAAGAGAAAUUUUAUAAAUGAAAAAUAUAAAGAUGUUAUUGACAAAAUUUACGAUACGUAA